CCCACCCACCCCCCUCUCUCUUCCUGCUACGUCACCAUGGAAAGCCGUGGCUUGACCCUUCGCAGCAAAUCUCGCCGUCCUCGACCCCAGAUUAGUGCUCCGAAGCCCAUCUCCGGCCCUCUUCCGCCUAACACCACCAGCCCCAGUCCCAGCACUUCGACCAGCGCUUCCGCUGUCAGCAAGCCCCCCGUCCCCGUGCAUGGGACCACCGCCAGCUCUGCCAACAAAGAUGCAACCUCCGAUCUCGUCAAGCGACGGUACUCGACCCGAUUCAACCAAAUCCCUGAUUUUGAUGGUGUGCCGCCAGUGCCCGGCCUACCUCCGCUCCCGGCCACGUAUGGAGGAUUGAGCCCUCCCGAGACGAGUCGCCGACCCUCCACCGAAUCGUCGGGUCCGCCAAAGGUAGACUUGGAUGCUCUGCGGGAUCCCAGUUUGCCCGUCGAUAAAUAUGUGGCCAACCUGCUUGCGAAUGCUUCCGAGGAAGAGAUCGAGGAAUACCAGCGCAGUCUACGAAAAGUCAAGAACCGAACAUCUACCGACCUCCAGCAGAAUGUAUACCAGAAUCGGACCCAGUUCAUCAAGAUCAGUAAAGAAGCGGAAAAGCUCAAAGGAGAAAUGCGCACCCUACGCACCCUGAUGGCGGAGCUGACUACCACGCUCGGUCAAACUACAGUCGGCACCACCCCUAAUCCCAUGUCUCCCAUGCCCGAUGAACGACUGUCCAAGCGCCAUGCCAACCGCAGCUCGGUCGCAAAUCUUGAGAGUAUGUGGAACGUGCAGCUGCAGACGUUGUGGAAGACCGUGGAAGGAUCGCAAAAGUUCUUACCGGUGGUGCCGGGCCGGCACAUUGUGAUGGAGAGUGGGCACUGGGUCGAGCUGGAUUCGGCAACGUGGAAGCCGCGGCGCCCGGUGCACAUCGUGCUGCUGAACGACCACCUGCUGGUGGCGGCCAAGAAACGCAAGCGCGUGGACCAGAGUAGCCAUCGUGGUCCCGUGCCUACGAAGCUGGUGGCAGAGGAAUGUUGGCCCCUUCAGGAUGUGGAUAUGAUCGAUCUCGGAGCUAAUCUCGGCGCGGGGGUUGCGCGCGAGGAUGCUGAAGACCGGGGCAUCACCAACGCCAUCAACGUGCGUGUCGGAGGCAAACCUUUCACCUACCGGCAUGAUAAGCGGGACAGCUCAGCCAAGAGUGACCUACUGGCCACCUUUCGAAAGACGGUCGAGGAUCUUCGACGCAACCUCCGGUCGGAAACCGAGGCCGCCGGCAAAGCCACCCCUGAGGUAAUCGGCUAUCGCCACGCCUCAUACUCUCCUCAGCCGGAUCGGCCGGUCAGCAUGGACGGUGGACGAGACAAGCCUGAGUUGCGCAUCGAUGUUGAUGGCAAGCAACAGAACCUGCGGUGGGUGGAGGGCCAGAUCGACGAACUAGACAUUGAUAUUGCUCUGCAGCGGUUCGAGGAUGCUGUGGGCCACAUCGAGCGGUUGCGCAAACUUGCCCGAGGAUUGAAGGGUAAUGCGGUUGCGCAGGACGUGAUCACAACCAAGGUGGAUGAGCGUGCGGCCGCCCUGGCCGAGGUAUUGCUGCGUGCUCUGGUGGACACUCCCUCCUUCCCCCAAGCGACGAAGACCAAGUCCACAUGGUUGAUGCGCUUGGGCUUCGAGGAUCAAGCUCGGGAGGCCUAUCUCAAAGCGCGAACUGAUGUCAUAUCCAAGCGGAUCAGAGCCUGUGUUUUCGAGGGCGACCUCCCGAUGUAUAUCUUCCAGAUUUCCUACGUCUACUUCACCUUGAUUAAAAACACCAUCAGCAUUUACCAGCAAUGCUUUCCGCCGGCCAUGUCCAGUGCCAGCAUCCGAUGGGCCAAGCAUCACCUCGACGGCUUUAAUGCGCUCCUUACGCGGCAGCUGAGCAGUGUGCAGCGGGGCACCACCGUGUACCAGAAAUGUCUUGAUAUCGUGCACGAACAUGCCAACCUGCUGACCGAGGUUGGAGUCGACUUCACCGACCUGGUCGCCAAGGGGCUGGAGGUGGAGGAUUCAGCCGAACGGCCGCAGAUGACGCGCUCGGAGUCGUUGAUCUCAGGCUUGGCUGAAGCUGCGGCGGCCGCGUCGCCGGUAAUUUGAGAAUGGGGAUGAGGUUGAUCUGUAGCGUUUUGUUACUCUGCGAACGCCUGUCUAUAUUUCUAUUUCUAUUUUCACUACCCAGCCUCAGGAGGCUCCGUUAUGUACGAUUCAGUUUUGUGGGAGCUCGUUGCUCUGAAAUGUAACCUUACAUGCAUGCAACUAACUAUAUGUCAG